AUGGUGUCUCGUCUCGCCCUGCUGGCUUUGGCCGCCUCGGUUCUUGGGAACCAGAUUGACCCGAGGGGACAUGAGCCGGAGAAUCACCCCGAGCCCGAGCCCGAGCACAACCCGACUUAUACCACGGGACUGACGACUUACACGACCACGACCAUCUGUCCCGUCACCUCGACCGUCAGCUCCGAGGGAACGACUUACUGGAAGACUGAUCUCACCACAUCGACCCUCACCGUCACGGAAUGCCGCGGCUGUGGGGGCGUCGUCACCGUCCCCGGCCCAACCGUGACCGGGGUCACCACCAAGCUGGUCGAGGUCACUUACACGUCGCUCUGCCCCGUGACGGAGACGGUGACCGGACCGGAGCACACGUACCUGACGACGCGGACCGUCACCAGCAACAUUGUCACCCAGGUGCCCACCACCGUCUACCAGAGCGUCCCCGGACCCGAUAAGACGCAGACGGCCACUGAUGUCGAGUACACGACCAUCACGAGCCUGUGCCCGGUGACCAAGGUGACGACCAUUGCCGGACAGGAGCGGACUGUGACGUACACCACCACCAGCCUCAUCAAGACCACUGUUCCCACCACGGUCGAAUCCACGUUCCAGCAGCCCGACCACACGGCCACGGCCAUUGAUGUGCAGUAUACCACCAUCACGAGCCUGUACCCGGUGACCAAGGUGACGACGAUUGCUGGACAUGAGAAGACGGUUACCUACACGAGCACCAGCCUCAUCAAGACGACCGUUCCCACUACCGUUGCGGAGACGGUUAAGGAGUCGGACACCACGGCUACCGCUACGGAUGUUGAAUACUCGACCAUCACGAGCCUGUGUCCCGUCACGCAGACCACCACCAUUCAUGGCACCAAGUAUACAACCACCUUCACUACCACUAGCCUCAUCAAGACGACGGUGCCCAAGACGGUUCAGGAGACGGUCAAGGAGUCGGACACCACGGCCACGGCCACGGAUGUUGAGUACUCGACCAUCACGAGCCUGUGCCCUGUUACGCAGACCACCACCAUCCACGGCACCGAAUACACGACCACGUUCACCACCACCAGUCUCAUCAAGACGACGGUGCCCAAGACGGUUCAGGAGACGGUCAAGGAGUCAGACACUACGGCCACGGCUACCGACGUCGAAUACUCGACCAUUACCAGCGUCUGCCCCGUGACUGAGACCACCACCAUCCACGGCACCGAGUAUACGACCACGUAUACCACGACGAAGCUGAUUGAGACCAAGGUGCCCAAGACGGUCCAGGAGACGGUCAAGGAGUCGGACACUACGGUCACGGCCACCGACGUUACGGAGGCGACCAUCACCAAGGUCUACCCCGUUACUCAGGUCACGACGAUCAAUGGCGAGGUCCAUACCAAGACGUACAAGACGACCAAGCUGAUCAAGACGGCGGUGCCAACGACGAUUGAGCAGACGGUCAAGAAGCCCGAUACCACGGCGACGGCUGUCGAAGUCGAGACGUCAACCCUCACCAAGAUCUAUCCCGUCACGCAAGUCACGACCAUCGGUGGCGAGGUCCACACCACGACUUACAAGAAGACCAAGCUCAUCGAGACAGAGGUGCCCGUGACGGUGCAGCAGACGGUGCACAAGCCCGGCGAGACGGCGACGGCCAUCGACGUCGAGUACCAGACGGUGACCAAGGUCAACGCCGUGACCCAGGUCGUGACUGUGGGCGGCGAGAAGCAGACGGUCAAGUACACGACGACCAAGGUCGUCAAGGUGCACCAGGCCAACACGGUGUACACGACCGUGACCAAGCCCGGGUGGGUCGAGACGCAGACCGAGGUCGAGUACGUGACCAAGCAUGAGGGCUACGCCGUGACGGAGACGGUCGUGGUGCCAGGCGCCGAGUCGACGCAGGUCGUCCACGUCACCAGCAAGGUGGUCGAGGGCGGCGAGUCGACGGUGACGGAGUCUGUCAAGGCGCCGAGCUCUGCGCCGUCGCCGCCGGCUGUCGAGUCGACCUCUGUCUCGCCCAGCGUGCCUACCGCCGCGGCGCAGAGCAACAGUGUCCCCGUUGUCGCCCUCGUGGCCGGUGUGGCCGGCCUCAUGGCUAUUCUCUAA